AUGCCUGUGGAGCUCAUCAUGGGGUAUAGGAACGACAAUUUCGCCGAAGAGAAUGCGGUUCGUGAAGCUGCGUCGGGGCUAGAGAGCGUUGAGAAGCUCAUUAGGUUGCUGUCACACGCUCAACUGCAACAACAACAACAACAUCAACAAGAACAGUCACAGAAAUCCAAUUCAAAGUCGUCCAUGGAAAUUGAAUCCGAUUACAGAGCUGUCGCUGACGUGGCAGUUUCCAAGUUCAAGAAGGUGAUUUCGCUUCUGGGCCGAACCAGAACUGGCCACGCGCGUUUCAGAAGAGCCCCUGUGCCUCCCCCGCCUCCUUCCGAACCCAGAUUCUACCGUGCAACGCCGCUGCAGCAGAUCCCGCCACCCGCCGAACAACACCCUUUCACCCCCAAAAAUGGAGUGAUUGAGACAAAGGACUCUUCCAAGACCAUCAAUUUCUCCUAUUCUAAUUCCUUCGUCUCCUCCCUCACCGGUGACACCGACACUAAGCAGCCCACGUCGUCCUCGCCGGCCGCGGCACCUUUUCAGAUCACGAAUCUCUCUCAGGUCUCCUCCGCGGGAAAGCCUCCGCUUUCGUCGUCUUCGUUGAAGAGGAAGUGUAGCUCUGAAAACUUGGGUUCUGCCAAGUGUGGCAGUUCCUCUAGCAGAUGUCAUUGCUCAAAGAAGAGCAGAAAAAUGAGGUUGAAGAGGGUGGUGAGGGUACCGGCAAUAAGCUUGAAGAUGGCUGAUAUUCCACCAGAUGAUUAUUCUUGGAGAAAAUACGGACAGAAACCCAUUAAAGGAUCUCCUCAUCCAAGGGGUUAUUACAAGUGCAGUAGUGUUAGAGGUUGUCCAGCGCGCAAGCAUGUAGAGAGGGCUUUGGAUGACCCUUCUAUGUUGGUAGUCACUUAUGAAGGUGUCAAAGUAGGCCUGAUCUCAUUUGUCUUGAGAUUCUGA